GAGGAGGAGAGGAGGAAACGCAGCGACGGAGAUGGCGAGCAUCAACAUGCGGCUGCUGGGGCUGGCGUGGCUGCUCUCGGCCCUCCGACCCGGCUGUGUCCGGGGUCUGAACGGCGACGAGGACCAGAGCCAGGACUCGGACUGCAGGAUGAAGAGCGUGACGGUGUCGGCGCUGCCGUUCCUGCGGGAGAACGACCUGAGCAUCAUGCACAGCCCGUCGGCCUCCGAGCCCAAGCUGCUGUUCUCCGUCAGGAACGACUUCCCCGGGGACGUGGUGGUGGUGGACGACCUGGAGAACACGGAGCUGCCCUUCUUUGUCCUGGAGAUUUCUGGGAACUCGGAGGACAUCCCUCUGGUGCGCUGGCGACAGCAGUGGCUGGAGAAUGGCACUCUGCUGUUCCACAUCCACCACCAGGAUGGCAGCCUGAACCUGCCAGAACCCACUGAAGACCCAUCCAAUGAUUCUACAAAGGAGGAGCUCCGCAUCCUGCACAUCUCUGUCAUGGGUGGAAUGAUCGCCCUUCUGCUCUCCGUCCUGUGCCUCGUCCUUAUCCUGUACACUCGCAGGCGCUGGUGUAAACGCCGCCGCAUCCCUCAGCCUCAGAAGAGCGCCAGCGCUGAGGCGGCUAAUGAGAUCCACUACAUCCCAUCAGUGCUGAUGGGAGGCCAGGCUCGGGAAAGCUUAAGGAACUCCCGGGGUCAGGGGCCGAACUCCAGCGGGACACUCAGCAUCCGGGAGACACCGAUUUUGGAUGGGUAUGAGUAUGACAUCACCGACCUGCGUCACCAUCUGCAGCGAGAGUGUAUGAAUGGUGGGGAGGAAUUCGCCAGCCAAGUCACCCGCACCCUGGACUCCCUGCAGGGCUGCAACGACAAGAAUAAUAUGGAUCUCACACCGGUGAACGACAACACGAAACUGGCUCUGAUGAACAAAUACAAGGACAACAUCAUCGCCACCAGCCCCAUCGACAGCAACCACCAGCAGAACACCCUGCUCCCUCACAACACCUCCACCAGCCAACGCAAACGUCUCUCCAGCAACACCCGUGCGGGUUCAACUUUCUUGAACCCAGACGGGGACUCUGGGACGGAGGCAGACAGCGAGCCUCAGCUGGCCUUUUACACCGACCCAAACCGCAGUCGGCGCCGGAGUCGAGGUAUGAGAAAUGGUAACGCCAACAGCGCGUGGGGCUCUGGGGCAGGUUCCCCGCGGAGCCCCAUCAAUAAGACCACCUUGACUCUGAUAAGUGUCAUCAGCUGCGUGAUCGGCCUGGUUUACUCAUCUCACCUCUCCUGCAGCAUCUCCGUGCGGGUAAUCUUACAUGUGCCGGAGCACCUCAUCGCUGACGGAUCAAGGUUCAUUUUGCUGCAGGGCAGCCAGCUGGAUGCUUCUGACUGGCUCAACCCGGCCCAGAUCUUGUUGUAUUACCAGCAGAAUGCCAGCGGACCCUGGGUCAAUGAGCUGUGUGGACGACGCCUCGUGGAUCCCUGUGAGCACCAGUGUGACCCUGAAACAGGGGAAUGCCUUUGCCUUGACGGCUACAUGAAGGACCCAGUCCACAAACAUCUCUGCAUCCGCAGCGAGUGGGGGCCCAAUCAGGGUCCCUGGCCUUACACCAUCUUCCAGCGCGGUUUUGAUCUUGUAAUGGGAGAACAACCCUCUGAUCGCAUUUUCAGGUUCACAUACACUUUGGGAGAAGGAAUGUGGCUGCCAUUGAGUAAGAGCUUCGUCAUCCCACCAGCCGAGCUCGCCAUCAACCCAUCAGCCAAAUGCAAAACGGACAUGACAGUAAUGGAGGAUGCAGUGGAUGUAAGAGAGGAGUUGAUGAUCAGUUCAUCCUUUGACUCUUUGGAAGUUCUUCUGGACUCUUUUGGACCUGUCAGAGAUUGCACCAAGGACAAUGGAGGGUGCAGCCGCAACUUUCGCUGCAUAUCUGAUAGAAAGCUUGAUUCCACUGGCUGCGUGUGCCCUCCAGGGCUGAGUCCAAUGAAGGAUGGGACCGGGUGCUAUGACCACCACAUUGGCAUCGACUGCUCUGAUGGCUUCAAUGGUGGCUGUGAACAGCUGUGUCUCCAACAGCUGGCCCCUCUAGAGGAUGACCCAACGCUCUACAACAUCCAGAUGUUCUGUGGGUGCAUUGAGGACUACAAGCGUGGUCCAGAUGGGAGAUCGUGCCUGCCACUGUCAGAAGCCUGCACUGAGGGUGUAGACUGUGGUGAAACAACAGACAUCCCUGCCAACCAGACUGUCUUUGGAGACCUUUUCUACGGAUAUAACAACCACACCAAAGAGAGCACCCCUGGACAGAUUCUAAAGGCCACUUUCAGACAGAAGAAUUAUGCCCGAGGCAUCGAACAGCAGCUCCCAGAUGGCAUGGUGGUGGCAUCGGUGCCAACAGAGGUUCAAUGCCACGAGGAGCUGUCAGACCCCGUGCCUGACCCAGAAUACCUCACGGGCAUGGUGAACUACAGUGAGGUGUCUGGCUAUCCCCUGGUUCAGCACUGGACUCUUCGCUCCGUGCUGUAUCACGUCAAACUCAACCAGUGGGUCCUGUCUCAAGCUUUUAGCUCAGCCAUCCAUUCUCUGGAUGGAGCGACACAGCGGAGCGACUUCGUCUCCAUCCUCAGGGAGUUUGGGAACCACUAUGUGCAGGAGGCAGUUUAUGGCUUCCAGGAGUCGUGUACCAUCUGGUACCCUAACAAACAGGUCCAGAGACAGCUGUGGCUGGAGUACCAGGACAUCAGCAAAGGUAACUCGCCUUCAGAGGAGUCCGAGGAGCGUGACAAGGAGCCCAGGACGCUGACCUAUCCCGCAUACAUUGCUAGCCUCCUGGACACGGGCGCUAAGCGGAUGGCCGCCGGCGUCCGUAUGGACUGCAGCAGCCAGGGCCAGUGCCCCCGCUCCUGCCAUCUGUGCCACAUGAGCCCCAGGGCGGCACAAGGCCGGCAGCAGUCCGAGCCCGUCCUUCUGAAGAUCACCAAAGCUGCACCCAUCUAUGAACUGGUGUCCAACAAUGAAACUUACCAGGCUCUUCAGGAGGCAAUGAUGAGCAUGUUGUGGUGCUCUGGCAAAGGUGAUGUUAUCGAUGACUGGUGUCGAUGUGAUUCCAGCGCUUUUGGCACAGACGGACUCCCCACUUGCGCUCCACUUCCUCAGCCCAUGCUAAAGCUGUCCUACACCUACGAGCCCAGCAGCUCAUUGGUCAUCAUGGAGUGGAACCACACCGAGCCCCCAAUUGGUGUGCGGAUUGUUGAUUACCUCAUCAGCCAGGAGAAGGUGACGGAGAGGACUGAUCACUCCAGAGUUGAGACAGAAACCAUUUUAAGCUUUGUGGACGACAUUCUGUCUGGGGCCAGGUCUCCGUGUGUGAUGUUAGGAGACAUCCCCAACCUGCUGUCCUCCUCCAUCAGCAUGAUCAUCCGCUGUCUGGAGCCUGACACCACAUUCAUGUUCCGCCUGUGGGCAGUAGACAACACGGGACGGCGCUCCAGUCCCAGUGAGGUUACCAUUAAGACUCCAUGUCCAACUGUGGAUGAUGUCAAAGCACAGGAGAUUGCUGAUAAAAUCUACAACCUGUUCAACGGCUACACGAGUGGGAAAGAGCAGCAGACGGCCUACAACACGCUCAUGGACCUCGGCGCUCCCACCCUGCACCGUGUGCUUUACCACUAUAACCAGCGCUACGAGAGCUUUGGAGAAUUCACCUGGCGCUGCGAGGAUGAACUGGGACCCAGGAAAGCCGGGCUCAUCCUCUCCCAGCUGGACGAGCUCUCCCUGUGGUGCAAAGGUCUCCUCCAGGAGCCCAAGAUCGGCCUCCGCAGGAUGUCCCUGAAGUUCCUGUCCUGCCGCUACACCGACACCAAGGCCUUCGGGCUCAACUGGCCAGAUAUGGGUCAGGACGUGCACAAGGCCUGCGAUGCGCAGACGCUCACCGUCAUGUACAACGACUACGGCGAGCCCAAGGAGUUCUGAAGGUUUACGUUUCAGUUUGGAUCUGCACAAAGAGACUUGACGAACCCUCAACGAAGGCAGGUUCUGCAUACAUUUUCAUGACUUGGAGUUAUGUGGUUGGGAAGUUGUAGGUUCUCAAAUGCUACACGUUACCCGUUUACCCUGACUACAAUACCGGGGUCAGAUUCAAGGUCUUUUUUUCUGUGUGUUGACAUUAACAUUCCCUAACAAUGUUCUCAGUUUCAACGUGAUCAAAUACUCUCAAGUCAAGUUCAUCCAUACAUCUGCUGUGCUUUGUUUGGAUGUGGAGUUCAUUCCUCGCUUGCAAUGACGAGUGAAAAUUAAUCCAAGUGAAGAUAUACAGUCAGAUUUGUUCUUUCAUGAUUUACGCAACGCUGCAUUGUAAAAUAAAUAUUUUCCGUGAUAUAUAUCAGAAUGUGAUGAACUUGUGCACCAUUGAGUCAUUUUACGUUGGGUAACUGCGAGCAUGAGACCUGACUUUUUGUUAAACUGGUGUUGGUCCAGGUUGGAAGGUUUGAGCUCGUUGUGAAAUAAUGUGAGGGAUGGAUGUUCCUAAAAGGCUUGGAAAUCCGAGGCCGACACAAAACCCACCUUGUCAUAUUCAGUUAACAAGUGCGUCUUAAUAACUCUAGGCCCUUUUAGAGCACAACUCCAGUCCUGAAGACUAAUGGUUGAAUUUAAUCCUGAUUUGACUGAACCUUGUGGAUCGCAUUCAUCAAAGCAAAAACACUUUGCCUUUUGUCGUCUUUUUUAAUUCGCCCCACGGUGUCAUGCAGACACGAUGACCAGCUUUCAGUCUGGUUUAGCAUGUUCAGUCCAACGAUACAAGGCAGAUAUUCAGCAGAAACGGUCACAAAUCAGCUCAUUUGUACCAAUUUAAAUCAAAACUAAAUCAAACUCUUAAUGUUUUGUCAUUUAUUUAUUUUUUAAUGAAAUCUGUCCCAUAAGCUGACUAAGAACGGAGACAUUAUUAACUUAUUCAGUGUCCCAUACUGUGUGUGUGUGCAGACGUGUAGUGUAAGCGGAUGGAGCGUAAUUAGAAAAAGCAGAGUAUGUUCUGAACAUCUGGUACAGACGACAGAGGGGGGGCUGUAAAAUGUUUUUUUUUUAGCCAGAUAGAAAUUUGGAAGGUACCCUGUUCAUGGCACAUUAUUACUAUGUCAUAGCUAUAUAACCUCCUGAAUGUAGUGUUUAUAGUUUGCAUUUAGAGAUUAAGUAGUUGCAGAUGAGAUGUAUUAAUCCAAGAUCUACUGGUUAACUCCUUCUGUGUUCAAUAAAACCUCACAAAUCUAUUGGACAGUAUUUUUCUUGAUCAUUUUUGAAGUUCUUAUAUGAGUAAAGCAACGUUGAGUCCAUGCUUUGGGUUGUGUAAAAGCGGUAGCUCUUUUGGGAAACUUUAAUCUUUAAGUGGGUCUUUGUUUGGUUUUCAGCUGCGUCUCUGGACUCCGUGGGGAAUCGUCCCUGCUGUGAUUACCACCAGUAUACGUUUGCCUUCCUUCAAUUUAAUUUGUCAAGUUUUUCAUGUUAUGUGUUACGUGCAGUGUCCAUGUUGACGAUUGAUGUCCAAGAAGUGCAAAUAUAUUUUGGCAGUUUUUGGUUCUUUUUAACAAAUUAAAAAUGUGAAUACUUAAAAAAAAAAAAUGCUUGUAGAGUUUUAAUCAACCAAGUAUUACAUACAGACGUAAUAUUAUAGGCUUUUAUCCUGUAAAUAAAUAUACAGCGGCUGAUAAAUUAACAUUUGCUUGUGUUCUAGUAGAUAAAGUAUUGAUUAUAUCUGAUGUGUAUUGUACUCUUUGCAGGUUAUUGCACAGAUUCCUGUCUCAAUGUAAAUGAUCUGCAUUUGAUUUAAAGAUAAAGAUGUUAGUUUUAAAUGGAAACUGAAGAUGAAAUUAUUGAAAGCAACAAGAUAGAGAAACAUUUUACUAUAAAGAAAUAAUAUCUGCAUGAUGAUAAUGUCUAUGAUGUACGUGAUAGCAUAAACUAAUCUUUUUCACUUUGAUCUUUGCUACUUCUGAGAACAAUAAAGAGGAUAUUAAGAAA